UUCUCUCCGUGUAAGAUUCGCUGUAGUUUCACUUUAUGCAUAUGUUCCAGCUCUUACUGUGUCGUCGUAUCUGCUCCUUCCAUUCCUCGCACGGUUCGUGCCAACUAGGAUAGACCAUCAUGUCUAAGAAAGCGAUCAAUGUGCGCGUCACUACCAUGGACGCUGAGCUGGAAUUUGCCAUCCAGUCGAACACUACAGGCAAACAGCUUUUUGACCAGGUUGUCAAAACUAUUGGGCUACGAGAAAUAUGGUACUUUGGACUGCAGUAUACGGAUACAAAAGGAUUUCCUACUUGGUUGAAGCUAAACAAAAAGGUGCUAUCGCAGGAUGUCAAGAAGGAUGGUACUCUCAUGUUUAAAUUCCGUGCAAAAUUCUAUCCAGAAGAUGUUGGAGAGGAAAUCAUCCAGGAUGUAACAUUGCGUCUUUUCUAUCUCCAAGUCAAAGAUGCGAUAUUAUCCGAUGAAGUAUAUUGCUCACCAGAGACAUCCGUGUUGUUGGCUUCAUUUGCCAUGCAGGCCAAGUAUGGCGACUACCAACCGGAAACCCAUAAACCGGGUUGUCUUACUGCAGAUAGGUUGCUUCCGCAACGAGUAGCAGGUCAGUUCAAAAUGAGCUCUGACGACUGGGAAAAAAGAAUUAUGACCUGGUGGGCUGAUCACAAAGGAACAAGUCGCGAACAAGCAAUGCUUGAAUACUUAAAACUUGCGCAGGAUCUUGAGAUGUAUGGCGUUAAUUAUUUUGACAUCCGGAAUAAGAAAGGCACCGAUCUAUAUCUGGGAGUGGACGCAUUGGGCCUGAACAUCUACGAAAAAUCUGACAAGCUGUCGCCAAAGGUUGGAUUCCCAUGGUCUGAAAUACGCAAUAUAUCGUUCAACGACAAGAAGUUUGUGAUCAAGCCAAUCGAUAAAAAAGCGAAUGACUUUGUCUUCUACGCCCCAAGACUUCGCAUCAACAAACGCAUCCUAGCUUUGUGUAUGGGUAAUCACGAGCUCUACAUGCGCCGCCGCAAGCCAGACACUAUCGAGGUGCAGCAAAUGAAGCAACAAGCACGCGAAGAAAGAGCGCUGAAGCAAGCGGAGCAGGAAAGGCUUAACAAGGAGAUGUCUGCCCGUGAGCAAGCAGAAGCUCGUCAGCGCGAAGCUGAAGAACGCAUGCGACGCAUGGCAGAUGAUAUGGAACGUGCAAAGAGAGAAUUGCUUGAGGCUCAAAACACCAUUCAUAACCUUGAAAUGCAACUAAAGCAGUUGCAGCUGGCAAAAGAAGCUCUUGAAAACAAGGAGAGUGAGUUGCGUGAGCUUACAGCUCAGCUUCAGUCAGAAAAGAUGAUGAGUGAUGAAGAAAGGCGAAGACUUCGUGACGAAGUUGCUCAGCGUGAAAAUGAGGUGCAAAAAAUGCGUACCGAGGUUCAACGCCAAACGGAAGUAACACAUCGUCUACAGGAUGAGGUGGAGGCGGCUCGUCGUGAAGCGGUUAUGCAGCAAUCUGUAGUGAAUCAUACCACCCACAUCCAUCAUACAAUGCUCACGCGUGAGGAUAAUCAUACCGAUGAGGACGAAAACGGCAUAACUGAACUCACUAACGAAGCUGACCAGCAUGUGCCCCAACGUGAACUCGAUCGUAUCACCGCAGCCGAACAAAAUCAAAGUAUAAAAACAAAACUUGAGAUGCUUACUCGAGAGCUCGAAGUGGUGAAGGACGAGCGUGCUAUCACUGACUAUGAUGUUCUACAUAUGGAGAAUAAGCGGGCUGGUCGCGACAAGUACAAGACUCUGCGUCAGAUCCGGGGUGGAAACACCAAGCGUCGCAUCGAUCAGUAUGAAAAUAUGUGA